CACUUUUAUUGUAAAUAAGAAUAUAGUAUGUUUCUAAACACUUCUACAUUAAUGUGGAUGCUACCAUGGUUACGGAUAAUCCUGAAUGAAUCCUGAAUAAUGACGAGUGAAAAUGUUACCGAAGCACAAAUAUCAUAUCCCCCCUAAAUAAAAUGCAAACCUCCCCCGUUAUUUUUAAUGGAGAGAGAUUAGCAUGUCUUGGGGCCAUGAUGUUUGUUUUAUAUGUUCUGGAAUGUCUGUCCUAAUAUCUCCCCAAAUAAUGAAAGGUCAUUGGCAGGUUCAGCGCCUCUUAUUUCCGCAUACCUUCCUCUCUUUAUGUGGGGACUUUAAAAUGGCUGGUUUUGUCGGGUGUCUGCUUUGAGAAUGUUCUUGUUAUUGUUGCUUUCCCAUAUACUGUUAAAGCAGCUGGGACUGUUUCAUGCACUGAACAUUGAGCUUGUUUAAAAACAAUGUAGGUGGGGUUGAAUCAAUUCUACAUAACCCAAAUGCAACCUACACGAUCGUCACACAUUAUAUGAUGUCAACAAGCUACAUAAGCACCUAACAGCUGGGGUUUUAUGACCGUAAUAUUAUGGCAAAGUAGCAUUUCUGUCCAUUUGCCUCUAAAGACUUGUUUGCCCUUAUCUGGGUGUCCAAGGAGACCAAUAACAAACGGAUCUGUGGAUUGCCUAAUGGAAGACUUCACACUCAGUGGCAUCACCUCUAAUGGCCUGAUAGAAAAGAAAAACACUAUCUCCUCAAACUCAUUGUUGACACAGUCGGUCGGGGAUGGUGGACACUGGGCAAAGAAGAGGGAUACGGCACGUUGGCUCUGUAGAGAUGGCCGCUGAAGAGAACCAAGUGGUCCUGUCUCUCCUCUGUGCCUUUGGGACCUGGUACAACAGCUCUGGCCACGCUGAGAGACAUAGCAGAAUCUCCUCUGAGACCAGCGGCAACACCUCAAGCACGACAAACACGACUACCAACUCCUUCCAGAGACAGGUGGAGCUGUUCACCCGUGAGUGGCACGUCUUCCUGCCUCCGCGCCAAUCCAGGGCCAUGCAUGUUUGCCCCAUCCUGGGCUUCCUGGCGGUUUCUCUGGUGAUUCCUGUCAUCCUCACCCGAAUCCUGACCAGCCCCUGGAUGCGCCAGGAGACCCGCUACCUCCUCCUAGCCAAUGCGUUGCUAAGCGACAUGCUGUUCGUGUCGCUGUACAUGGUGAGUGCCUGUCUGAAUGCGACAGGCGUACUGAUGUCAGAGUGGGCGUGCUCUACCAUCCUCUUCCUGCUGGGGUUGCUGUACUGCGCUGGGAUCUUCAGUACCAAGGCCAUGGUGCUGGACACCUCACUGGCUGUGAUGGCUCCACUUCGAUACUAUGCCCUGUGGCCCGUCUCCAGGACGAGGAGGGCGAUCGCUGGUAUCUGGGCUGUGUCUAUUUUCUUACCAGCAGCGUCUGUAGGGGUGCUUGUGUGGUACCACUCUACUGGACCCUGUUCCCUACACAUUUGCUCCCUGCCCCUCCUGCUGGUCCUCACCGUCAGCCAGUCCACUCCCAUGCAGGUGGCCAUGCUGCUGGCAGUCACAGGCGUCCUCCUCAUUCUGCUCCUGGUCUUCUCUGGCUAUGUCGUUCUGUACUGUCGCACCCGCAUGUCUGGCGUGUGGAGAGGUGAACGCUCGUCCCGGGCCAAGGGCACAUUCCUCAUCCACUACCUCCACCUCAUCCUGUCCUUCCUGCCCAUGUUGGUGCUUCUCAUCAAGCUACUGCUCUACUGCCACCUUGAUGCCCUGGACCUGCGUGCCAACCUGUGGGUGUCCCUGGUGGUGUGUAACAUCCUCCUGGUGCUCCCCAAGGCCCUGGCUCCCUACCUGUACGGCCUCAGGUACAGGCACCUGUGUGAGGCCUUGUUGGCCUUUUAUGGGCUGAAGCGGCCCACCGCCGUCUCGCCUGUCUUGUGAGAAUAAAACAAUAAAACAUUUUCCUGGACUUAUAAGAAUAUUAGCACAGAAGAAGAAUUGAGGAGAUGGGUCGGUUGAUACACGUUUCACUCUGGUGUUUUUCUCAGCAUCAGUAUAUGUUACAGGAGAAUUUUCAAUAUUAAGAGAAAUAUCAAGGUCUUGAGUUGAAAUGGGGACCCUUUUUCUCCUCAUAUUUUAUUCCAACAUGGAGUUGUAAGCCAUCAAACACUCUGUCCACUUGUGACAAGCAACCCCAUCCCGGGGUUGGUUGUCAGGACAGUGUGGGGUUGGUUGUCAGGACAGUGUGGGUUUGGUUGUCAGGACAGUAUGGGGUUGGUUGUCAGGACAGUAUGGGGUUGGUUGUCAGGACCGUAUGGGGUUGGUUGUCAGGACAGUGUGGGGUUGGUUUUCAGGGCAGUGUGGGUUUGGUUGUCAGGACAGUGUGGGUUUGGUUGUCAGGACAGUAUGGGGUUGGUUGUCAGGACAGUAUGGGGUUGGUUGUCAGGACAGUAUGGGGUUGGUUGUCAGGACAGUAUGGGGUUGGUUGUCAGGACAGUAUGGGGU